GCCUCUCAGGGCCAGCAACGCUGCCACCGCAGCCCACACGAUUGGCGGCGGUAAGCACACCAUGAAUGACCACCUCCACAUCAGCAGCCACAGCCACGGCCAGAUCCAGGUUCAGCAGCUGUUUGAGGAUAACAGUAACAAAAGAACAGUGCUUACAACACAACCAAAUGGGCUUACAACAGUGGGCAAAACAGGCUUGCCUGUGGUGCCCGAGCGGCAGCUGGAAAGCAUUCACAGACGGCAGGGGAGUUCCACCUCUCUCAAGUCCAUGGAAGGCAUGGGGAAGGUGAAAGCCACCCCCAUGACACCCGAACAAGCGAUGAAGCAAUACAUGCAAAAACUCACAGCCUUUGAACACCAUGAGAUUUUUAGCUACCCUGAAAUAUAUUUCUUGGGUCCAAAUGCAAAGAAACGCCAAGGCAUGACAGGUGGACCCAACAAUGGGGGUUAUGAUGAUGACCAGGGAUCAUAUGUACAGGUGCCCCAUGAUCACGUGGCUUACAGGUACGAGGUCCUCAAGGUCAUUGGGAAGGGGAGCUUUGGGCAGGUGGUCAAGGCCUAUGACCACAAAGUCCACCAGCACGUGGCCCUGAAGAUGGUGCGGAACGAGAAGCGCUUCCACCGGCAGGCGGCAGAGGAGAUCCGAAUCUUGGAACACCUACGGAAGCAGGAUAAAGACAACACUAUGAACGUCAUCCACAUGCUGGAGAAUUUUACCUUCCGCAACCACAUCUGCAUGACGUUUGAGUUGCUGAGCAUGAACCUCUAUGAGCUUAUCAAGAAGAAUAAAUUCCAGGGCUUCAGCCUGCCUCUGGUGCGCAAGUUUGCCCACUCGAUCCUGCAGUGUUUGGAUGCUUUGCACAAAAACAGAAUAAUCCACUGUGACCUUAAGCCCGAGAAUAUUUUGUUAAAGCAGCAAGGUAGAAGCAGUAUUAAAGUGAUUGACUUUGGCUCCAGUUGUUAUGAGCACCAGCGUGUCUACACGUACAUCCAGUCGCGCUUCUACCGGGCUCCGGAAGUGAUCCUUGGAGCCAGGUACGGCAUGCCCAUUGAUAUGUGGAGCCUGGGUUGCAUCCUCGCGGAACUCCUGACAGGUUACCCCCUCUUGCCUGGGGAGGAUGAAGGGGACCAACUAGCUUGUAUGAUUGAGCUUUUGGGCAUGCCCUCCCAGAAACUCCUGGAUGCUUCCAAACGAGCCAAAAAUUUCGUGAGCUCCAAGGGUUAUCCCCGGUACUGCACUGUCACAACUCUUUCAGAUGGCUCAGUAGUCCUCAACGGAGGCCGAUCCCGGAGAGGGAAACUGAGGGGCCCGCCAGAGAGCAGAGAGUGGGGGAACGCACUGAAGGGAUGUGAUGACCCUCUUUUCCUUGACUUCUUAAAACAGUGUUUGGAGUGGGAUCCCGCGGUCCGCAUGACCCCGGGCCAGGCUUUGCGGCACCCCUGGCUCAGGAGGCGAUUGCCAAAGCCUCCGACUGGGGAGAAGACAGCGGUGAAGAGGGUCACGGACAGCGCUGGUGCUAUCACGUCGAUUUCCAAGUUACCUCCACCUUCCAGCUCAGCUUCCAAGCUGAGGACUAAUUUGGCACAGAUGACAGAUGCCAAUGGGAAUAUUCAGCAGAGGACAAUGUUGCCAAAACUCGUUAGCUGAGCUCCAAUCCCCCUGAUGCUGGCAAGCUGAAAAAUGCGUUAUAGCUGAGCCUUAUUGGGUUGAAUAGUAUAGCUCAGACCUGUUUUUAUUUGCUCAGAAACUCGACUCGUUUUUAUCUUUUCAGCACUUGAUGUAAGAGUUUGUUUUGUUUUUAUAAAAUACAUGGGGACAAUGCUUUAAGUUUUUAUACUUUCUGAAAUAGUUUUUCUCCCUUUCUUGUGUUCUAAAAGUAAGAUGAGCCUUACUGUAUUUAGUGUGGCAGAGUGAUCAUACCAGUGGCAGGCCAUUGAUUUCUUCAUGACGGCCACACAUUUACAGAUUGGUCAAACAUAAUCACUAUGUUUUCAUGGUUCAUCCUCUAUGCUCCCCAGGGAGGUGGCCCCUAGGGGUCCUCCUCCUCUCUCCAUGCUCUAGGUUCCCGCAGGAGCAGCAGGCCUUGCUUCCAUUUUCCGUAAAUUAACCUGGGUCAGAGUGGAGGUGGAAGACGAAGGGUCAGGGUGAAAAUCUCUAAGAAAAAAACGCACUUUAGAGAGUGUCUUUUUCCUCAUGGUGUGUUGCCCAGGUUUAACCCGCCCACUUAACAUUCUGAUGCCCGUAAGCCACCAAGCAACAUUUAGUGGAUAAGUGGAAGCUGAGAUGUAGAAUUCCUCCCGAGGCUCUGGGAAGAUGGCAAGCUGUCAUAAUCAGGAAACCUUCUGAUUAUGAAAUUGCUUUUCUGCCUAAUUUUAGGACUCCCCCCACCACUGUUCCCUGCUUCUCUUUCUCUUUUAUCACACAUCUGCUGCCUGCAUUUAGUGUGUCUUUUUCCUUCAGCUGCCUACCCCAGACUGUUAAUUCAUAGAGCCAUUUCAGCUGCCAUUAUGUUCAGAGUUUCAUACCCCAGUUUCCAAAAGAUCAGCAGCCUAGCUACCUAAGGGGGAGAUUUCCAUAGUUCCGAAGAUUUAGCUGGCCAGAGUGAGUUCACACUGUAGGCGCCACUGAGGUUCCCUUAGCCUGGGAAAGCAUCAAUUCUUUCGUUAGAAAGAAAAGGGGUUGGAAAUCCUCUUGGUGAAGAGAAGUCACUGUGGCCAUUCAUUUGGGCCAGUUUUAACAAUAAAUUGAAAGGAGGAGAAAUUCAACCUCGAGUUAAAUGGUUUGACUUAUUCUUUGAUUUGUUAGAAGAGCCACGGAAACUGCAUCCCUCUGUUUAGUUUUACUUUCUUUUGGAUGGCACUGAGUGUUUUUGUGGGGAUGACACUUUACCUGAAAGAGUAACUAAGAGUUAGGUAAAAGAAUAUUUUCUUCUCUGAAUGAUAAUUAUUUUCACAGUGAAAAUUUCAGUAUUUUAUCACUAAUGGAUGAACAGUGAUAUAUAUCAAUUUCAAGGCACGUGGAAAGAAUUUUUUUAGUAUGUGCAAUUUAAUAGAGAAAGAUUUCUGCCUGUUUGGACAAUAGGUUUUGGAUAGUAAAAAUUAGGAUAAAUAAUCUUUUAUAUGCACAGAUAUUAUAGUAUUGCCUGUAAAUCGAUUUACAAAGUACUUAAAGCAUGGUCCCCAGUGAGGCCAAGAAAGUUUCCGGUUAAGUUUUUUCUUUAUUUUUUAAUUCUAUGUUUUUUCUUAUUUUAGAAAAACAAAAAAGCAAAAAAACAAAACAAAGAAAAAAAACAAAUAAAAAGUGUCAUUUUGAAUAAAACAUUUUUCUUAUCUUGAGGCUUUGCCAGUUGAUGGUGGAAAAAUAUGCUCAGGAAUUAUUUCAAAUAUUUGCCAAAAAUCAGUAAUAAGAUUAGCUUAUUAAUAAGUUAGUGAUGUUGCUGUUUGCUUUACUAUUUAAGGAUGCCAUUGGUAAAUUAAUUUGUACCUUCUGUACUUAGCAAUGAUAGCUUAUUUCCCUAGUCACAUUCUUUAGCAUACUGUACACAUUUCUGUGUAAUCUGUGAAGUGCAAUAAUAUGUCAGUAAGUUACAUUUUAAGUGACAGUUCUCCCAAUCAGUGGCUUAUAGGACUUAAAAAUUUGUGUAUUUAAUUUUUUAAAAAAUCGGCUUAAAGGCAUGAGAAAUAUAAGAUUUGGUCUGGGGACUUUUGUAAAACUACAAGUCUCUUAGUGAUGUUUAGUGCCUUUAGGUCAUUCAAGUAUAUUUAAAAACUACAAAAGCUGUUCUCCCCUUAAGAGGUUCCUGUUCUAUUCCCAUUAUCACUUAGUUGUCGCAGUGUGAGCCUGAGCCUGCUAUCACUAACUCCCCUAUAACACGGCUAUACUUGCAACAGUUUAGAAGUGGAUUAAAAUUGCUUCUUUCCCCCACCAUACAAAACUGGUUCUUCUGAUGCCAGCAGAGCAUUUGUGAUGUGCUUUAUCCACAAAUGCAACCGGAAACUUUGAAGCCAAACUAUAAUGUGCAGUGCUAUGGGGCUUUCCUUUCUUUCUUUCUUUCUUUCUUUCUUUCUUUCUUUCUUUCUUUCUUUCUUCCUUUCUUUCCCCAACUACAGUGACAUUUCUUUUAUUCAUAAAAGCCUCCAUGUUUCAGCAUUUACUGAUACAGCUACUUUGAGAAGAAUCCUAUUUAAUUAUUGUGACUAAAAUGAAACUGUUGCCUCUUUGUGAUCUUAAAACCUAAAUAAAGGGCUCUGAUAGGCUACUAGGAGUCGGCUUGGAAACAGUCCUUGGUCUCACAGGUUACCAUUGUCUAGGGAUGUCUGAGCUGUUUUUGGAUUUAGGAAUAGCACAGUGUUGUCUUGUCUUUGGUUGCAGUCUCACUUGGCUCCGUUUCUUGCACUACCAGCGUGUUCUCAGCACAACAGUGGAACACUGAGUGAUGCAAGACUGUGUAGAUUAACAUCUUAGAGGAGAAAUUGUGCCCUUAGUGUUAACGAUGUGCCUUUUGUUCUGAAUGCCAUGUUGUAGGGCAUGCAUUUUUUGGCCUCUUUAACUCUUUGAACUAGAGGUAGUAAUGAUGGAAGCCACCUCUGCAAAGAUAACAUCUGUCUUAAAUAUCUAGAUUUAUAGGCCUUAAUAGAAACCAUAAGGCGUGAACCAUCAUUGGGCGCUGAGCAAGAUAACCAUUGGUUAGUUACACCAGGAAUUCCUGUGUUUAAGGGGUUAAAGAUGGUCUUUGUUGUAUCUGAACAUCAGACUGAUUUUUUUUAAAUGAUAUUUUUUUGUUAUGCUAACACUAGACAAAAAUCAACUGUAUUUGUAAAAAUUUACCUCAAACCAUUUAAUUUUAUAGUGUGAUUAAUCCCAGGGCAUUUGGUAUGAACCAAAGUGCAUUCCUUUUUUUAUGUGCCUGGCUCUUGUAGGGAUGGCCAGGGAUUUUUACAAUUUGGGUGCAAGGCACUUAAGCCACUUUUAAACUUACUGGGUGGUAUGGAGUCAUGCUAAGUGACUCCAUCAGAAUGUUAGGAAACACUAUAGGCAUCAGUAGCAUUGGGCCAUAUUGGAAUCUUAAAAGCGUGAAUUAUUUUGAAGAGAACAUUCAUUUUUGUAAUUUUUUUCAUCAAGAAUAUUUCUGGUAAGCAGAAGAUUUUUAAAAUAAAAAUCAACUGAUUUGGUUGGUAAGGUUUUAAUAUUGCCCAACAUAAUGCUGUGGUAGCAUUUAAAAACAAGUAUUUGUGGACUCUCUGUUUUUAGGGGCUUGUACAUCUCUCUGCUAUGGACAUAUAUAAGAUUCACUGUAAUUAUACUCAGCUCAACUGCUACAGUUAUGUCUAGGCAGUGGCUUGGGUUUUCAUCGAGCAACAACUUAGACAUGUGACUGUAAUAAUGCUGCAACUGUGUGUACUGAAAAAUAUGUGAAAAUGGUUGAAUGUGGACUGUGUAUAUAUGUAUGUACAGAUUUCUGUGAGAUGCUGCUGUCGCCACUUAACAUGGAAAGUGUUCUAAGGGGUUUGAAUCCUAGUGGCCAGUUCUAUGAUACUGUAUGUAUUGUACAGCUGAUGACAGGAGUAAGACUGUUCAGUGAAUAUUUGUUAAAUUUUAUUGUUGUGGCCAGAGAUAAUUUCAGAAUAAAAUUUUAAUGUCCUACCUUAA